CAUUUAUAUCUGCAAUACUGAGCUGGCCUGACAAGAUUUCUUACUGUACUGCACAUGUCAGAGGCAUAUCUGCCCGAAUAUAUUUCAAGCGGAAUGUUGUCAUUGUGGAUUGUGCCUUACUGAUCACCGCCCAGGUGUUGACACUUUCUCCGUGGUCAAACAAUAGCCUUGAAAGGUAUCGCUUUCUCCAUGCACAAACAAAGCCAAUCAAACCACCUUAGUUUAAAGACAACAGAAAUUUACCUGCACAUUUCCCUCAAAAUAUGUGCUCUCAGUGGAAUGAAUGAUGAGUUGAUCGAUUGUGAAGCUGUUUAGCUAGCUAGCUAAAUUGCUAUUUUAGAUAUUAGUUGUCAGUAGCUAAAUUGUCAUUGCAGUUAAUGAAUUGAACUUAAUUCAUUUGGCUACAUCUCAUUACUUUCAUAUCUCUAAACCAUAUGAAAUCAUCGCCAUCAUAUCUAAACCAUGCAGGUUGCAAUUGUUCUAGUUACGUUUUUAAAAUACUUUGAUUGACUGAAGGGACAUUAACGGGUUAACAUUCCCAUUCAAGAAGAACGGUUCAGCACGAGACGCCCCUGUGUGCAUAUCGUGGGCUUGCGCAGUCUGGUUUAAACAGUACACACACAGUUGUUGCUUUUUCUUCAGAGCCAUUUUUUUUGCACAAAAAAUGUUUGGAGAAACGUUUAAAAAUUUUACAAUACAUUUCAACGCCAAUAACCCGAGAGUUACUUUCUCGAGUGGUGACUUUAUGGCAGGUCAGAUUUCCUUUGAUCUUUCGAAAGAAACAAAGCUCAGCUCUAUAACAUUAACAUUAAAUGGAAAAGCAAAGGUACAGUGGACAACACAAGGAGGAGGUGGUGGAAGAAGAGGACGACGCAGAAGGCAACGACGAGUCCACUCGGCAAGGCUGGAAUUCUUCAACUUCUCUCAAAUCGUAAUGCAAGAAAAUAACGCGGUCCCUAACACCACACUUCAACCAGGAACCCAUGUGUACCCAUUCACAUGCCAAAUCCCACAAGGGUGUGUAUGACGUCUUAUUACUGUGUGUGUGUGUGUUUUAUUCACUGUUGUAUAUUCAAGGUCUGACCAUUAUUGUUAAACUUAUUUUCAUUCAUUCAGAAACUUCCCCUCCUCUUUCCAUGGGGUGCAUGGCAGUAUCAUUUACUCAAUGAAGGUGGAGAUACACAGGCCAUGGCAUCUAGCCAAGGAAUUUGUGACUGAGUUCAACUUUGCCAGCCACAUAGAUGCCAACCAACCACAUCUUCUGGCUCCUCUGGCAGGCAGCAACACUAAGACCCUGUGCUGCCUCUGGUGUGCCUCAGGUCCCAUCUCAAUGACUGUCUGCACUGAGAGGAAAGGCUUUGUCCCAGGAGAGAUGGUGAAAAUCAUCUGUGAGCUUAGUAACGGCUCCUCUCGGAUAGUGACUCCGCAUGCGACCCUUAUCCAGAAGCAGAUGUUUUACACCCAUAACAAGUGCAACAGGAGGUUGCAGAUGAAAAACCUGGCCUCAGUGGAUGGUCAGCCUGUCAACCCCAGUAGCUCUGAGGUCUACAGCGAUAUGAUGCUUCCCAUCCCUCCCAACACGACUCUCACUAUCUCCAACUGUCCUAUACUGGAGCUGGAUUACACUGUGGAUGUGAGUCUACGUAUCAGAGGUUCCACGGACCUCAAGGUGCUGUUCCCCAUUGUGCUGUGUAAUAUUCCUGUUUACGCUCCCCAGCCUCCACCUCCAUAUCAGUAGCAAUAGUACUAGGAUCACAUUGCCCCUAGACUCCAAUCUAAGGUCAGUGUUUUUCUACCUAGUGGUUAAGGUUAGGAUUUAGGCAGGGUAAGCAGCACUUAGAUACGAAUGUCUCUAAUAUGUAACUAGUCAUAUUAGAGACAUGCAUAGUGUCUCACAACUGGGAAUGGGAAUAUGAGGGUUACUAGGAACCAUUCUUCUGGUGAGCCGGUUUUUGUGUCACUGAUUAUUUGGACAAAUCACGAUUUUGCCGGGUUGGUGUAAACCUGGCAUCUUUAGAAUUUUGGAAAGGGGGGGGGGGGGUAAUUUAGGCCCACAGAUGGCUAAAAGGAUUUCAGAGGAGGGCAUAUGGACUUCGCCGCUCACAUUAGGCCAAACAUCUCAACAAGCCCUCCCACACCAAGUCUGGUAGCUGGCCAGAGGCCGGCAUUCACUCUAGAUUUGGUUCUGGAUUCUGAGAUUAGACACUGCCAAACCCCUUUUAAGAUGGGGUUUCCAAUUCUACAAUUUAUACAUGUUUAUCACCAUAGGAAUUGUUAGAGCAAGUUUUGUCAUCGACCACCAUGUCAAAUCCUUCCUUCAUAUAUUGUCUCUUACCAAUACCUAUGGAAGUCUUGUGCUGUUUCUGCUCACUAUUGCCAUAAAUGUUCAGAAUUCAUUACUUUAAAAAAACAACUGACAUUUCAGAGCCUAAUUCACCUCCAUCUAGGUCAUGAGAUGAGGAACUAUUGGGCAAUGCUAUUGCUUCGAGGACUAACUCAAUACUACAGCUGAUAAGGAAGAAGGCUUGAUAGACAACUAAACUUGCUCCAACACAUCUUACAACAUAACAAAUUGUAGGAUUUAUGUUAAAUGCCUCUUAAAAAGGUUGAUUUGCAAUAGUUCUCAGGGUUGUACCAAAUACGGUACCAGAUUUUCUAAUAUUUUAUGCAUCAACUUUUAAAAGGUGUUUGUUCCGUUAAUAUUUCUGUUACAUGUUUUUAUAGCCAUGCGGUUUUAUUUACAGUUGUAUGUAUGUAUGUAUAUAUAUAUAUAUAUACACACAACUGUAAAUAAAACUGCAUAUAUUUCAUACUACUUACAUGUAAUGAUGCCUUGCCGUCCUCCAGUGUUUGAGGUGACAGACGGACAGUGCUUUAAAUAUCUAAUGGUGCAGUCGUCGUUCAUCUCUUGCCAGGUCAUGUUGCUUAGCAUUUCUUUCAAGGUGCUUGAGUGAUUGUUAACAUAAGAUAAUUGGGCUUUGUGACUGUGUUUACUCAUGUUUGAUCAAUCGCUCCGUGGUGUCUGUCUCACCCUACUUCUCUUUUUUAUCAUGGUUAAUUUAAGGAUUCGAUUUGUUAUUCAUGGUCAACAUUGUUUUGCCCAUUCGUUUGGAAAAUAGAAUGUUCAGGAUGCUUGUGAUCCAAUCACUAAUUCAUUUGAAUGUCCAUUUUAAAAUUACACUAAUGCAACUACACUGUUCUCUUGCUGUGGUCUGAAUAACAAAAGCAUGUUUUUACACUCCUAGUUGUAUGAGCGUAAUCCAACAAAGUCUGAAACAUUUGACAUUCAUAUAGUAAACUCAACCAUAUAAAGAACCACUCAAAUUCACGCACAAUAAUGUUUUUCAUAUGAAUUGUAUUGUGUUUGUGUAAAUUAUAUAUUGUAUUUAUGUUGCUGUUCUAACUGUUUUUAUGUCUGUUUUAACACUCCCAAGUUCAUCCAUUGAGGACAUCUACUCAUUUGAAACUCUUUCAAACUCCCUUGAAGAGUUCAGUACUGCCGUUAGAAGAUGUGCACAACCCAUUGUUUUGAAGAUGUAUUGGUGGUAAAUUCAUUGUGUUGUAUUGAACGUGGACAUUUUCAUUUGAUUUCAAAUGUCAAAACUGUCCUUGUUUGUGACGUAGUCCUUGCCAUUGAGUUCCCUUGAACCUUCUUAAUGAAGACAGGGAAGUACACAUCUCUAGACUCUUUAUGUAUUGCCCAAAAUGUAUCAUUUGUAAUAUCACAAUAGAAUCAGACAGUAUUCUGAUAAAAACAUGUUGAAUUGUCUCUGUGUGUAUGUGUACAUACAUACAUACAUACAUACAUGUUUUAACCACAAUACCUUUUAACAAUGUACUGUAUAUUUUGUUGUGUUUGUCAAACUGAGUAUCAAGGUAGCACUUUAGGAAAGCCCACUGAUAAACUCUAAGUAGAUCUUCACAGAUUGGCCACCUGUAGAAUUGAACAUUUUGUAAGUACUGUUUGACUGAUACUACUUAUAUGCCAUGAAUGUUAUUGACCUGUAAUAAACACAUUAACUUCCAUUUGACCAUUUAAAAAACAUUUGAACAUGAUUUCAGAGGGGUUGGGUUAAAUGUGGAAGACACAUUUCAGUGUCUUUUCCUUUCCCAUUCUUGUGU